AGAAUGGACAAUGGAAACUGCUCUUCGCUCACUGGAUUCUUCCUGUUAGGAAUAACCAAUAAUCCUGAAAUGAGAAUAAUCCUAUUUGGCAUAUUUUUAACUGUGUAUCUCAUUAGUCUCUCAGCCAAUCUUGGUAUGAUCACUUUAAUCAGAGUGGAUUCCCAGCUUCACACACCCAUGUACUAUUUUCUCAGCCACCUGUCCUUCUCUGACCUCUCCUACUCUACCGCCAUUGGCCCCAAGAUGCUGGUGGACCUCCUCACAAGUGACACAUCAAUUCCCUUCUUUGGCUGUGCCCUGCAGUUUUUCAUCUUCUGCAUGUUCAUAGACGUUGAGUGCCUCCUGCUGGCCAUGAUGGCCUUUGAUCGGUACAAGGCCAUCAGCAACCCCUUGCUGUACGCAGUGGACAUGUCCAGCAGGCUGUGCUCUGUGGUCGUGACCAGUAUAUACGUGUUUGGAGUAGUAGAUGGUUUCAUACACACCUCACUGGCAUUUCGCUUGUGUUUCUGCGGUUCUCAUGUGAUCAACCAUUUCUUCUGCGAUUUACCUCCACUUCUUCUUCUAUCCUGUUCUGAUGUAGAAAUCAAUGAGCUGGUGCUGUUCACCAUUUUUGGAUUUGUUGAGCUGGGCACUAUCUCAGGAGUUCUGGUCUCCUACUGCUACAUCGUCUUGUCGGUCUUAAAGAUCCGCUCUGCCGAGGGCAGGUUCAAAGCCUUCUCCACCUGUGCUUCCCACCUAACUGCAGUAGCCAUUUUCCAGGGAACGAUGCUCUUCAUGUACUUCCGCCCCAGUUCUACCUACUCCCUAGACAAAGACAAGACAACCUCGCUGUUUUACACUCUGGUGAUUCCCAUGCUCAACCCUCUGAUCUACAGCCUGAGGAACAAGGAUGUGAAAGAAGCCAUGAAAAAACUGAGUAAUAAAAUUUUCUAUAGAUAA